CUUAUCUUCAUGAUAUAAAACAUAAAUGAGGAACCUGCACUUUCUCCAUUUGAAUUUAGCUCCAAAAAAGCACUAUCUCUGUCUGCAAAAUGCAUCCCCCAAAUGUCCUGCUUGCUACAGUUGUUCUUCUUUUCCUGAUCCAUUUAACAAGUUCAAUGGAUGGUGUUCCAGUGGAUGAUGCUUCAUUGAGGAAACACCUCAGCGAAGUUGUCAACUUAGGUAUGGUCAAGAAUGCCACUGAAAUUGUGAACUGGAAAACUGUUGUGGGAAGAAAAGCUAUUCCUUACAUGCGGGACUGUGAUGAAAUGUUCCAAGCAGGCCACCGGGAGAGCGGCCUUUAUAUAAUACGUCCAGAGAACAGCAUCAAACUUGUGGUCUGGUGCCACAUGGAUGGAUGCAAUGGGUGGACAGUGAUCCAACACAAUACCCACAAUACUGAACUCGUAUGGUCAGAGACCUGGACAACCUAUCAGUAUGGGUUUGGAAACUUGGUGGGAGACCACUGGUUGGGCACUGAGUACAUUUCCCUCAUUAGCCAGCAGAAAUGGUAUAAAGUCAGAAUAAAUUUAGCUGAUGCUGAUGGCAACCAUAGAUAUGCAGAAUAUGAUAGCUUUGUCCUGAGAAAUGAGAACAAAGAAUAUAUGCUGAAGUUAGGGACCUAUGAGGGUAAUGCAGGCGACUCUCUUAGUUCUUCCCGGACCAAAAACAUGCAUGACAACAUGAAGUUUUCUUGUAAAGAUAAAGACAAUGACAGAUCUACCUUCGAAAAUUGUGCAGAUGUCCACGGAGGGUGCUGGUGGUAUGACUCCUGCUUUGAUGCACAACUAAAUCGCAAAGGUCAGAUUCACUGGGAAACAUUAUGUGAUGAGAAUUGUAGAAGCUCAGUUAUGAUGCUAAAGCCCAUCCACAUGUAUUGCAGCAGGGUUUAGAAUGUGCUCAGUCUCUAAUGUCAUGAACUGAUGCAGUGUUGAAUUGGGGGGAUGGGGGACACAGCAGUAUAACUGCAGAUUCCUUUGCUUUUUGAUCUUUAAAAAUUGGUUUCUUUUGCUAACUCUUGGUGACGCGGGAAUGUAUUUGUGAUAGAAUUACAAGCCAAUACUUCUGUAUAACUUUUUUUUCUGAUUGCAUUACUGUAAACUCUUCCAGUUCUUUAUUAAAAUAGUUCU